AAAGCAGUUGAGUCAGAUGCUAUUAUUAGUAAAAGAUUUCCUGGUUGGGAGAAGAAAGUAACAUGUAAUGUAAAUGGGUUGGGGAAGCUAUGGAUUUUAUGGAAGCAGGAUGUCCAAUUGAGGAUUCUUGAUAACUCAGAUCAGUUUGUUCACGUUUUGGUCAGUUCAGGGAGGCCUUUUUUCUUAACUUUUGUUUAUGCCUCUAAUGAUGAAGAGGACAGAAGGAGGUUAUAUAGUGAUUUGGUCAAGUUGAGAGUUGGACAAGUGCCUUGGAUUAUAUUGGGGGAUUAUAAUGCAAUCAAUGGCCCUGAAGAAGCCUCAAACAAUCCAGCCCCUAACAGCAGCAUGGAGGAUUUCAGAAACUGGCAGAAUAUGACUGAGAUUGUGGAACAUAAAGCAUCAGGUCCAUGGUUUACAUGGAUAAACAAGCAGCUGAAUAAUCCUAUUGCUAGGAGGCUUGAUAGAGCCUUCAUUAAUCUGAGCUGGCUAGAUGGGAUGAAAAAUAGUGUGGUUGAUAUUUUAGAUCCUUCCGUGUCUGAUCACUGUCCUGUUCUCCUAAACACUGAUAGUCAGAUCAAGUCUCUUCCUAAACCAUUCAAAUUCUUUAAGUUUUGGAUUUCACAUCCUAAAUUCUAUGAUCUUGUUAAGGAAGCUUGGGAGACUGAAGUGACAGGUUCUCCUCUGAGUAGGGUGUGUAAGAAAUUAAGAGUUCUCAAGAAGUUACUCAGGGAAUUAAACAAGGAAGAAUAUUCAGACCUAAGGGAGAGGGUAAGGAUAAAGGAAAAGGAAUUGCAGAAUGCUCAGGCUACUGCUCUUGCUGAUCCAUCUUCUGAAUCUUUUGCUUUAGUAAAGGAGAAGGAAGGAGAUUUGAAAACUAUUAAGGGUGCUGAAGAAUCUUUUCUCAGACAGAAAUCCAGGGAAAUCUGGCUCAAGGAGGGGGAUUCAAACUCCUAAUACUUUCAUCGAUCAGUUAAAAUAAGAAAUCAGAGAAACACAAUUAGAUCACUUAUCAAUGAAUCUGGAGAAAGGGUGGUGGAUACCAAAAGUAUGAGUGAGAUUGCCUUGAAAUUUUAUCAGAAUUUUCUUGGCAAGGUUGAUCCAAUUGUGAAAGAAGAAUCAGUGGUUUUCUUUAAGAGUUUGUUGCAAAAAAACUCUCCCAAGUGGUCUCUCAAAUGAACUGUGUAGACCAGUUACUGCUGAUGAGGUAAAGAAGAUUAUAGUUGGUUUUAAAGGGGAGAAAAGUCCUGGUCCUGAUGGUUAUUCAGCCUGCUUCUUUCAAGCUGCUUGGAGUUUAAUUGGGGAGGAAAUCACUGUUGCCAUUCAACAUUGCUUCUCUGUUGCUGAGAUUCCAUUAGAGGUAAAUUCUACUCUCUUAGCUUUAUUGCCUAAGACUAAGAAUCCAGAAGAUAUGAAAAAUUUCAGACCUAUCUCUUGCUGUAAUAUUUUAUACAAGUGUAUAGCAAAGAUAGUGUCUACUCGUCUUAGUGAAUGUCUACCUCAUUUGAUAAGUGAAAACCAAACAGCCUUUGUUAAGGGAAGGGUUAUAGGGGAGAAUAUUUUGCUGGCUCAUGAAAUGGUACAGAAAUAUGGUAGGAAGAACAUGUCUUCUAGGUGUAUGGUGAAGGUGGACUUAAUGAAGGCAUUUGACUCAGUGGAUUGGCAGUUUCUGCUAACUGUUUUAGAGGAAAUGAAUAUCCCUUUAAACUUCAUUAGUUGGAUAAAAAUGGGCUUCACCACACCAAAAAUCAGUGUUGGGUUUAAUGGGGGAUGGUUGGAUAUUUCUCAGCAAAAAAGGGAUUGAGACAAGGAGAUCCACUCUCUCCUUAUCUAUUUGUUGUGGCCAUGGAAAUCUUUAGCUGUUUAAUGAAAAGAGCUGUGAAGGACAAGAGAAUGCCUUUUCACCCAAUGUACAAACGAAUAGGUUUAACCCAUCUAAUGUUUGCUGAUGAUUUACUGAUUUUCUCUGAUGGCACAAACUAUGGUAUUCACUGUAUACAAGAGGUUCUUCAAGAGUUCAGGUUGCUUUCAGGAUUGGCUUCAAACCCAGCAAAGUGUGAGAUUUAUUGUUGUGGUUUACCUAAGGACUGGCAGGAGAGCUUGGCUGCUAGAGCUGGUUAUAGAUUAGGGACACUUCCAGUGAGGUAUUUAGGGAUCCCACUUAUUCCUAGUAAGUUGACUAUAAAAGCUUGUCAACCUUUAAUUGACAAAAUUACCAAGAGGAUCCAGAACUGGGGGGUGAAAACUCUGAGCUAUGCAGGUAGGCUACAACUUGUGCUCUCAGUUUUGUACAACAUGGUGCAAUUUUGGAUGGCAGUAUUCAUUCUGCCUAAGAAAGUGAUAGUGGCAAUUGAAAAACUGUGUAGUGAUUUUUUGUGGGGAGUUGGCCAGGAAGGAAAGAAAAAAGCAGUUGCAGCUUGGGGGCGGUUGACUUUUCCCAAAAAAAGAGGGUGGACUUGGGUUAAGGGAUUUGAAAAGCUGGAAUCUGGCCUGUGUAGUGAGGCAUAUUUGGGAUCUACUAACUAAGCAAGGCUCCCUAUGGGUUGCCUGGAUAUGGGAGUAUAGACUCCAUGGAGUUGAUUUAUGGGCAUCUACUUGUAAAACAGGGUCCUGGAUUUGGCUGAAGGUACUCAAAACAAGAGACUCAAUCAGGCAAAAGCUUUCUGUUAUUGAUGGAGAAGGUUACUGGCAGGGGAAGCACCUGAAGAAAUUCUCAACAAAAUUGAUCUGGGAAGAUCUCAGACCUCAUAAUUCUGUGGUUUCUUGGUUUAAACUGAUCUGGAAGCCUCCUAGUAUUCCAAGAAACCAGUUUAUUAGCUGGUUUAUUAUAAAUCAGUUCAUCACCACCAGUGAUAAAAUGAUUGGAUGGGG